CAUUAAAACUCAAAACCAGGUAACAGGCGGUCGACUAGUUGGGUCGGAUCUUCCAAAAUCAAACUCCCCCACUACCCCUUGGAAAGCCCCCAUGGCCGGAGGCAGAGAGACGAAGCAUGUAAAGCUCAAGCCUCAGAUUAACAGCUAACACUGCCUUAUGCUGCGAACCCCCCACCAGGUUCUGUAUAAGGUGCCUGAAAUCGAAACCAUGCUGUCCACUUCAAGGCACUUCAGGCUGAUUUUCCGUGGCAGCAAGGCCCAUGAGUUAAACGCUCGAAGUUUCGUUUCCUGCUCGGUUGCGAUUCGUUUGUUCCGGAAUCCGAUUCUUUUACGGCAAAAUAGGCAUAACCCACAUACUAGCAGUAUCAGAUCCACCUCAUUUGGUUUCUCUUGGAUCUGGCCAUUCUUUGCCAUUGUAAAUAGAUUCAUUGGCAAUUCUCAAUCACUCACAACACAGGCCUCCCUGGAUAAAGAGGAUGUGGUCUUGAAUGAAAUUUUUUCCACCAUUGAAAAAGAACCAAGAUCUGCCUCUAAAAACUGUGCUGCUUAUGUUGAUAAGCUGUGUAGAUGUGGAAAUCUUUCUGCAGCUAUUAGGUUGCUUAAGUUCUUACAAGAUAAACAUAUCUCUAUUGGUUCCAAAACAUAUGAUCUCCUAUUGGUGGCUGCUAGUCAAAAGAAUGACAUUGAUCUAAUGUCUGAAGUUUUUAAAGAUGCAAUGCUUUCCCCCGGAUCCUUGUCUUCAACUUCUUAUCUCAAUCUUGCGAAGGCUUUUAUAAAGACAAAUGAUUCUGUCCAGUUACUCAGAUUAAUCAAUGAUGUAUCAGAGAUGAUAUUCCCAAACAUGGCAGUUCUAAACAGAAUCAUCUUUGCCUUUGCUGAAUGUAGGCAGAUUGAUCAGGCCCUUAUGAUAUUUGGCCAUAUUAAGAGUCUGGAAUGCAAACCAGAUUUGGUUACAUAUAAUAUCAUUUUAGAUAUCUUGGGUCGUUCAGGCCGUGUCGAUGCCAUGCUCCAUGAAUUUGCAUCAAUGAAGGAAGCUGGCAUCACUCCUGAUGUCAUUUCUUACAAUACAUUGUUAAAUAGUCUGAAGAAGGUAGGAAGAAUAGAAUUGUGUGCAGUAUAUUUUAAGGAAAUGGGUGACAAUGGAAUUGCGCCAGAUUUGCUUACUUACACCGCAUUAAUUGAGAUCUAUGGUCGUUCAGGAAAUGUUGAGGAAUCAUUGAGACUCUUUAGUGAGAUGAAGGCAAGGCGGAUUCGUCCUUCAAUCUACAUUUAUCGAUCACUAAUCCACAGUUUAAAGAAAAUGGGGAAGUUGGACUUGGCAAUGACAUUCUCAGAAGAGAUGAAUUCAUCUCUUUCAGAGCUAGCUGGUCCAAAGGAUUUUAAACGAAAUCAAAGGUAGCUGAGCAUUCACACAUCUAGGUUCUGAGUUCCAAGCAACUCCACCACCUCAAAGGUGUUCGAGAUAAAUAUCCUUUGGAGACAUUCUUCAGACACUUGUGGUAUUCUUUAAGAUGUGGCAAACUGGCAAUGCAUGUGAGCAGCCAGCAGCCAACUAGUGCAUCUGUUGAGAGCUUCUGAGAAAAUUUUGGAUGGUAAAUUUCCAAGUCAAUUAGCAGUUUGACAGUAUCUCAAAUGCAAAGAUUUUAGGGUAUAAGCAGCCAUCAUAGACUCUCAAGAGGAAGCAUGCUGUAAGGGACUAUUUACCACAAAGUGUUGAAAAAACAAAAACUGCUUUGAUAAGCUAUGCCAAAACAUAGGCUUAGCUGGCUGUUUGCUGAGACGUUUCUGGGUGAUGAAGUUUUGCAGGAACAAUGUGAGUGGUGCCAGUUUGAUAUUUUGUGCACCGAGCAAAGAACUAAAAAGGUUUGUCGAUUAAACUAUCAUCAGUUUAAAUCUAGCAGUAGACAGGAGAAGAGGUUUCUGUUUUUUUUUCUUUUGGUCUGAUCAAGUAAAUACUCUGAUAUAUGCUGACAGAGAAUUUCCUUUUUUCCUUCAUCAAGUUCUUGUUCUCUUAUGAAAUAUUCUCUCCA